CGCAUGCGCGCCGGCUGGCUUGGGGCCGAGGCUGUGGCUGGUGCCGGAGUCGAUGGGUGAAGGGAGGGCCAUGAAUUUUUCUGUUGUUUAUCAAUGUGACGAACUAUAACGGUGGUGAUCAGUAGAAGAUGGUGUCAUGGACUCAAGAUGAUGAACUCUGUCUAAUCGCAGGCGUUGAUUAAGCUGAAUACAUUGUGAUUUCCAAUAAUUGAGACAGUGAUUCUGAAAGCUGUCUACUUUAAUGAAAAGAACAAUGUAGUCAGCUUAACUGAAUCAUCUGUAAAAUUUGAUUAGUACCAUAACUCUCAAAUAAUUCACUUGGACUGGCUUAUGUUUAGUUUUUUUAAUUGGGUAUUUGAUUAAGAUAUAAUUUGUUCAGGACUCUGUAUAGCUUAGAAUUAAUAUUAGGUUUUGAAAGAUGGAGACGUUUGGAAGUAUACCACCUAUGCCCAAAGAGCCACUGAAUGUGGAGAAUCAGCCGUGUCCCCCACCUCUUCCUCCAAGUACGCCGCCGCCUCCACCACCUCCCCUGCAAACGUCCAGUGACGCAGAAGUUAUGGACGUUGGCUCUGGUGGUGAUGGACUUUCAGACACUCCCGCUGGGGACUGUAACACGUGCAGCCAAGACCAGCUUGUUACGAUGGAAUCCACUGUCUUUAACAAUCAAUUCACAACCGUAUCGGGAUGCUGUCCACUGAAUCCAAGAACAGCACGUCACGCACCAGCUGUUCCUAAGUUUGCCCCUGAUAUUAAGUUGCUCAAAGAUGUAAAAAUUCGAGUUGUCUUUACAGAUAAUAGUAAAAGCAAGGACAGGCAGGUAGUUUAUACUGGUGUUGAAUCUGGUGAGAAAAAUAUCGAAUUUAUCAAUAGUGUUAAUGGAGAUUUGCAUGGCACUCCUUUUGACAGUAAUAGAAUAGUGGGGUCAGGGGGCUUCUGCAGUAAAAGUACUGAUAAGCAAGAGGUUGAAGACAAUCAAGAGAAAAAAGUGGAAUUUGCAGUACUCGAUGAACUAGAAGACUUUACAGAAAACUUCGAAACAGAUGAUGUUGAGGGAACAGGUUUCAAAUCUGAAAUGAUCAUUCAACAGGAUCACGUCGAUGAAGAAGCUCUGAGUUAUUCAUUUGAGGAUGAUUUUGAUAAUGAUGUUGAUGCGCUCCUGGAGGCGGUGCUACCUCCUCCUAGAAAGAGGAAACGGGUAGAAGAGGAGAAUACUGGUGACAGCGACCACCAGACUGAUGAAGAAACAAGUGUGCAGCCAAUGAUGACCAAAAUUAAAACUGUGUUAAAAAAUCGUGGCCGGCCACCAAGUGAACCCCUUCCUGACGGCUGGAUCAUGACAUUCCAUAAUUCUGGUAUCCCAGUUUACCUGCACAGGGAAACCAGGGUGGUUACUUGGUCACGACCUUAUUUCUUAGGAACCGGAAGCAUCAGGAAACAUGACCCUCCACAGAGCAGCAUUCCCUGUCUACAUUAUAUGAAAAUGAGAGACCAAGAGGAGAGAGAGCAGAAUAAGCUGGCUAGCAAUAGAGAGAUAACCAAAGUGACCACGAACGGAGAAAUGUCCCCAGAAAAUUGUGAGAACACAACAAUGGAAGUAAAUGAGAAACUCGACUACACUGCCACUGAUCACAACUCUGUAACUAAUUCAGUACCUCUCAGUAGCUCAGGUACAUUAUACUGUAAAUCCUUAGAUGAAAGAGACUCUUUGGGUGGAAUCAUUGCAGCAGGAGCCCUUGGACAGGUGAAGGCUAAAGUAGAAGUAUGCAAAGAAGAAUCUAUUGGUAUUGAGGAAUUUAAAAAAUACCUGGAAAAACGCUUUGAUUUCGAACAAGUCACUGUGAAGAAAUUCAGGACCUGGGCUGAACGGCGUCAGUUUAAUCGGGAGAUGAAGCGGAAGCAAGCAGAAGCUGAACGGCCAAUUUUGCCAGCCAAUCAAAAGCUCAUUACACUCUCUGUCCAGGAUGCACCCACAAAAAAAGAGUUUGUCAUUAAUCCAAAUGGGAAAUCAGAAGUUUGCAUACUGCACGAAUAUAUGCAAAGGGUCCUGAAAGUUCGCCCUGUUUACAAUUUUUUUGAAUGUGAAAAUCCAAGUGACCCGUUUGGAGCCUCAGUCGUUAUUGAUGGAGUAACCUAUGGUACAGGAACUGCCAGCAGCAAAAAACUUGCCAAGAAUAAAGCUGCCCGUGCCACACUGGAAAUCCUCAUUCCUGACUUUAUUAAACAGACCUCGGAUGAGAAGCCCAAAGACAGUGAUGAACUUGAGUACUUCAACCACAUCAGUAUUGAGGACUCGCGGGUAUAUGAACUGACCAACAAGGCUGGACUCUUGUCACCAUAUCAAAUUCUCCAUGAGUGCCUUAAGAGAAAUCAUGGAAUGGGCGACACAACCAUCAAGUUUGAGGUAAUUCCUGGUAAAAACCAGAAAAGUGAAUAUGUCAUGACCUGUGGCAAGCACACAGUGAGAGGCUGGUGCAAGAACAAACGAGUUGGCAAACAGCUGGCAUCUCAGAAAAUCCUACAAUUACUACACCCUCACGUCAAGAACUGGGGGUCACUACUACGCAUGUACGGCAGGGAAAGCAAUAAAAUGGUCAAACAGGUAAAUUGUGAGGAAAUGUCUGAUAAAAGUGUGAUUGAACUGCAGCAAUUUGCCAAAAAGAACAAACCGAAUCUGCAUAUUUUGAACAAGUUACGAGAUGAAAUGAAGAAACUGGCACGGGAUAGGGAGGAAACUCGGAAGAAGCCGAAGAUGACAAUAAUGGAAUCAGCACAGCCAGGCAGCGAACCUCUUUGUACUGUUGAUGUGUAAAGCACUGCAAAAUGGAGAGCAAUAACGCACUGGAGAAACUCAUCCUCAACAAUUUCUUUGUUACCUUCUUACAGAGAAUUUAUUACAUUGCAAAAUGCAGAACAACUUUUAAAGGUUCCCCAACCCAGCUUGACAGUGUACUGCUUUAAUUAUGAUUAGUGUUUUGCAUUACAACAGGGCAAUCUUAGUGAACUUGAAUCCGUACCUCUAUUUCAGGAAAGGGCACAAGGCUAAGAAUAGAUUCAGAUUGUAUUGGAUUAUAUUGUUACCCCAGAAAAGAAGUUUUAGACCUGUGAAUAUUUUAUCAGUUAAAAUUUAAGGGAGAUAUAAUGGCCUAAUGAGUUCCCCGCAUCUGCCAACUACAGAAUGAUCAUCAAAUUGUCAUUGUGCACUGAUCUGUUGGUUAGUUAGACCCUAUGGGGGUAACCUUCUGGAAGAAGUUAUACUUUUCAUUGUUUACGUAUAAGCUGGUGCCAGUGAGAAAUUGCUUUCAAUAGACAAAAUUUAAGUUAUUUCUUUUAAUAUGAGCUAUUCUUUUUGUAAACAAAUUUUAAGCAAUUUAUCAAGGAACUUUGUCAGGAAGUUACUUGUUUUAAUGAAGUGACACUUAACCAUCACUGAAGCACAGAAUGCAUAUUUCUGUGAUCGUAGUUUAGUAUCACCAGUGCCAAACUGAUACUCAGCUUUGGAAUUGCAUCAGAGCUGAAGUUGCAGUUAUGUUGUGUUUUCUUCUGAUUCUGCUUUGCAAUGAUAUGUUUAAGACCAGAUCUUUCAAGUUUGGAUGGUUCCAACUCUCCAUCAGUAUUUUUUUGGUAGGAACUUUAACAUUGUUAAAGUUGUUGUAGGCAUUUGUUCAAUGUUUUUUAAUUAUAGUCUGGCCCACUGUUUCAGUUGGAACAAAUCAUUAAUGAUGCAAAGGAACAGGCUUGAUUUGUCUCACUGCUAGAAGUAGAAUUGAUAAAAAGAAUAUAAUGUUCCUCCACCUAUAGUUUAAUUUAUUACCGGGCAUGCAGAUUGGAGGUUUUGAUAUAGAAGCUUGAAUUAGUUCUCAUUGUCUUAUAUUUUGUGUUGGGAAAUAAUUUUCCUUUCAACAACUUAAUUUUACCUCACUUAAACCCAGGAUAACAACCUGAAGGAAACAAAGUACCAUGACUAGCUCCAGUGCACUCUUGGUAAUGUGAACCAAAGCUUAAUAAUAGUGUCUUAUGCAAACUGACAAACUAAUUUUUUUUAAUGCUUGCUGCAGGCUUCAACAGUGACAAAGAGAGGGGAAACGAGAUUAAAAAAUUUGCAAUAACUGCUGGAACAAAAACUUAUAUUUAAACUGCUGUGCACUGUCAUUUUGUGAAGUUUUGUGUUUUAAAUGUUUACUACUUUUCUCUGUUGAAUGCAACUUUUCUUGCCUUUGCACAUGAGCACAAGUGCUGCUGCGCGAGAGUACAGAUUGUGGUUUUGUGAAUUUGCAUUUGUGUGAUCAACUAAAGUGUGAAUUGAAACGGAAACUAGUUGUCUUACCUUCAUCCUAAUUGAUUUGUACCUUUAACAUUGGUAUUUGUUUGUAUGGAUUGUAACUUGUCUGUAUAUUAUACUCAAUGUGGAUCUCAUUUUUUUUAAAAUUAAACCCAUCAACUAAUUUUGCUGCCUAGAAGGUAAUCAUGAAGUAAAGGAUUGUAAUUUGACUGCUUUUUUUUUAAUCCAUUGAAGCAAAAGUUAUUUGUGAACAUGGGUUUUAUCUUAAUAGGGCAUAGUGCAUUGUUUCAUCUUUUUAAGCAUGAGUCUGUCUUAUUGGUGCAUCAUUAUGUAAAUGGUAUUAUAGGAAGUAAAACCAAUAAGCCUGAAAAGGUGUUAAACUCUCAUUAAGUAACUACAUGAUAAAUCAGCUCCAGGAUUCGGUAAAACGUUUACUGUUAAAUGCAUGUCAAGUACAUAAUAGAUUUAAUGUUCAAACAAAAUGGGGAGGAAAAGAUUUUAAAAUAAAACCAUUUUUAAUUACAUGCAAUAGCCCUCUAACACUCCAAGAAAGUUAUUGAUGUAUUUCUCAAUCUAUAAAAUUUGGAAACAAAGUGAGAGGCAGCUGUGUUUUCUUUUUAAACUUGCAUUUGUUUUGUUCAAAGAUUUGAGGACUUGACCUCACUUUAAAUGUAUCUCUCAACCAAUUGCAAUUACUACUGUUCUUGAUGUCUGAAAAUUUAUUCCAGCAAAGCUAAUGGUGUUUUGUAUGAUUGAAGUGUUUUAGAUGUGACUCCUUACAAACUGGCAUAAAGCAUUUAAUUUGUGAUUAUUGAAGCAUUCAUAGAAAGCUGAAUUCUCAUUAGAAAGAUUCUCAAGGUUUGAUUUUUGUUUGGUAUCCUGGAGCCUACUACUUAAAUUGUAUUUCAGUCAAGAAAGAACACUGCAGCUUCUCUGGCUUCACAAAUUGUUUCACUUGUCUUAUCUCACUUAUUUUUAUUUCUUCAUUAACUAAUUAUGGUCUUAGUCUGUGGUCUAUUUAAAAUCAAAGUUCUAACACUAAUAUUCAGUUGAGAAAUCUCCAGUGGCUAGUGAAUGAAGUUCCUCAAAUUGAAGUGCAAAUUUUGUUUUCAUUUGAGAAGUUAAAGGAAUGAAGUCCUUUAGUGGAAUUUUAAAGGGUGAAGUCAUUCAGAGCGUUUCAUAAUUUGUCCUAAUUCGCAAGAAACAGUUGUACAAUUGCAUUACAUAGAAGAUUUGAUGUGGAGGUUUUUUUUUUGAAACAAAGAGCAUUAUAUCCAGUUCAAUGUGCUCUGUCUCUUUUAAGUAGUUUAUGUCUGAUUUGGGAACUUGCAGUGCAAGGGUGGUGCUGCACUAAUGAAUUGUACAUUGUGCAGUUGCCACAAUAACAGUGCUAUUGUAAGUGGCUUUCAGGCUUCCUGUACAUGUCCUUCAGCCUAUGCUUGCUGCAACCUGCACAGCCAUCUGGAUGUUUGUGUGUGGUCCUUCCGUGUGACAAUUUUUUUUUUUGCUCUGUAGUUUGAAGCAAUAAAGUUUGAUAAUUCAUUAUAAAAA